AUGACUACCACUACAAGCAAGAGACCCGCUGAAAGCGAAGGGGAACAUAGAGAUAUUAAAAAGUCUCAUACCGAAGAUUCAGGCUCUGUUUUGGCAUCAACUACAGAGGUCAGUAGUGUCCCAGAAGCAUUAAAGUCUUCUACUGUUCUUAAAGGUGUGGCUGCAAUUAAAGCAGAGUACAUUAUUUCCAACCCCACAAUACCUAUUGAAGAAGCCUACAUUAAUGAUGACGAGGCAGAAGGUGGUGAUAGAGGCACUGAAGCCGAAAGCGAAAGAGGAGGUAAGAAGGGGAAGAAGAGAAGAGGUCAAAACAAGAAACGUGACAAUAGACAACAACACGAAGAAGUAAGAUUGUGUACUUCUUUAAUUAAUCCUCAAGAACCUAAGCCAUGCUCCUUUGGCGCAGGUAAUUGCAGAAAUUGUCAUGAUAUAGAACUUUAUCUUGCAUCUAAACUGGAAGAUAUUGAAGGACCUUGUCCAGUGUAUAGCGCCAUUGGUUAUUGUCCUGCUGGGUUGAAGUGUCGGUGGUUACAUUCCCAUUAUAAUAAGGAAACCAAAGAAUUGUUGAAAGAUAUGGAAUUAAUUCAGAAAACAACUGAGGCAAAUGAUAAUUUUGAAGUCAACAAGAUCUCUUCCGAUCUGAAAACUCAAUUACAAAGGAAGAAAUAUGAUUUUACGAGAGCAACCGAAGUAACUGCUUAUUUGGAUACCCAUGUUCAAAAUGACACCAAGCAAGAUCUUCAAAAGGAAACGCUACAAUCAUAUCAUGAAUCCGUAUUCAAACCAGCUGAAAAGAAGAAGCUUAACUUGAAGAACACUAAAAUUGUUUCUCCUUUAACUACUGUUGGGAAUUUACCAUAUAGAAGAUUAAUGAGAACUUUAGGAGCUGACAUUACUUACUCAGAAAUGGCAUUAACCAUUCCACUUCUACAAGGUACCAAUUCUGAGUGGGCAUUACCCAAAGCCCAUAAUUCAGAAUACCCCGGAUUUGGGGUUCAAAUAGCUGCUUCUAAGCAUUGGGCUGCAUCUAAAGCAGCUGAAGCCAUUUACAAGGAAUGUGGCAAUGUUUCUGAAUUAAACUUAAAUUGUGGUUGUCCUAUUGAUUUGUUAUAUAGGCAAGGUCAAGGUUCAGCACUUAUGGAACAACCACCCAAGUUGAUUCGUAUAUUAAAGGGUAUGAACUUAUGUUCUGGAGAUAUUCCAGUUACAGUGAAACUUAGAACUGGGAUCAAAGAUGGGAAAAAUGUUGCCAAACCUUUAAUUGAUAGACUUUUGAAAGAAGAAGAUGUUGCAGCAAUCACAUUACAUGGUAGAACUAAACAACAAAGAUAUACCAAGGAAGCCGAUUGGAAUUAUAUUGGAGAAGUUGCCCAAGUUGUUCAAAAUUGGAAUGAUAUUAAAGCAGACGACAAGGAUAGAACAGACAUUCAACCUACUGCUUUCGUUGGUAAUGGUGAUAUUUAUACGCAUGAAGAUUGGUAUAAGGCUACAUCCAUUCCUGGAGUUGAUUCCGUUAUGGUUGCACGUGGAGCAUUGAUCAAGCCAUGGAUCUUUGAAGAGGUUGAAGCCCAACAGUAUUUGGAUAAGAGUGCCCUGGAAAGACUUGAAAUCUUGAAGACCUUUUCGCACUUUGCCUUAGAACAUUGGGGGUCUGAUGAAUAUGGGGUCGGACAAGCCAGAAGAUUUAUGUGUGAGUUUAUGAGUUUCACUCAUAGAUAUAUCCCUGUUGGUAUAUUAGAGAGAUUACCACCAAAGAUCAACGAAAGACCUCCAAUGUGGAGAGGAAGAAAUGAAAUGGAGACUUUAUUAGGCUCAGGGGAUUACCAAGAUUGGAUUAAGAUCACAGAGAUGUUUUUGGGUAAAGUUGGAACCAAUUUCCAAUUUACUCCAAAGCAUAAGAGUAAUGCUUAUGAAAAGGGAACUUAA